AUGAAGAAGUGCAGAGCUUGUCACUUAUUCUUAAGUCUGGUCAUCGUUGCAGUGGUGAUGAUUCUUUGGUUCAUUCCCCUUGACCGGGAGAAUAGAAUGUGUGCUAAAAACUUUAGCAUCGUUGAGGAUGGCUCCCGCACACGAAGUAAGAUAAUAGAAGAAAACACACAAGAGAACCGUGAAAGUCCAGGAACUGAAGACUACAUUCUUCUCCCAGCAAAUUUAUGCAAAAGAGGAAAUUCCCUGAUUCAUCUUGACUACUUGGUCUUGAUCUACUCUGCUCCUAAUCACUUCGACCAAAGGAAGGCCGUUCGUGAAACUUGGGUCUUUGAUAUGAAGAGGCAUCCGAAUAUCCGUACAGCUUUUCUCUUGGCGAGGACGGAAGACGACAAAGUCCAGCGCUCCAUUGAGACUGAGUCAUACCUUCAUGCCGAUAUCAUCCAGGGGACAUUCUUUGACCACUAUCGAAAUCUAACUCUUAAAACGAAAAUGAUGAUGACGUGGGUUAUGCGAUUCUGCCCGCAUGUAAAUUUCCUUUUCAAGUCUGACGACGAUACGUUCGUAAACGUGGGGAACAUUCUGAAAGUAACGAAGGACAAGAGUAGAGACGCCAUAUAUGGAGAAUUACAUGUGAAUGAACAACCCAGAAGAAAUUCGUCUUCCAAGUGGUACGUCUCUAAAGAAGAGUACAAGGGAACCGAAUAUCCGCCCUUUGUAGCUGGAGCCUUCUAUGUGCUGGGCGGCAGAACUUUGCGCCGCCUUUACAAUGCGAUGGAACAGGUGCCGUUCAUCUGCUUAGAAGAUGUAUUUCUCACGGGCUUUGUCGCCGAAAAAGUAGGAGUGGACCGCAUUCUCGAAAAAGCGAUCAGAGACAACGAAAAAGUUACAGCGUGUGAUGUUACUAAAAAAGCAACUUCUCAUUAUAUUACUCCAAAUAUGAUGAGACUAUUUUGGUAUCAGAUACAUUAUUCUAUAGUGAAAUGUUAA